AUGUCUCGCGAACAAUUGGUCUGGGCUCAGGCAAUCUUCACGGCCAUUGCGGUCUUCCUCUGGUGGGCUUAUGAUCCUAACAGCUGGAGCAAUCGAAUUCUAUCCUUUGUUAUCGAUAAAUACCUGCGGUGGCGUUACCCCGUCAAGUCCGUCCACGGCAGAUCUCAGAUCCCCACGCGUCCUUACAAGUUUCCCGAUGGUGGCGGCAGCACCAAGUUCCUCGAUGGCGAGACUGUCUCGGGCGACUGGGAGAAGAAAUACGGGCCAAUCUACCGCAUCUGGACUGGGCUCGUUCCAGAGAUCGUUUUGACGCGGCCCGACGACGUCAAAACCGUCUACAAGGACUCGGACAAGCAUUUCAAGGUUAACAGUGCCAACGCCGGAUGGGUGCUGGGCACGCUCCUCGGCGACGGCGUGGGCCUGCUCAAUGGCAGCGAUUGGAAGCGCGUGCACACGGUCGUGGCGCCCCCCUUUGGCCAAAAGGCUACGGCGUAUGUUGACCUGGUCUCGUCGCGCGUCCAGCGCCAUUUCGCCGAGUUCGAAGAUCGCUGCGUGAAACAGGGGAGGACGACGCCGCUGCAGCUCCAGGCAACGGAGGAUCUUAGCUCGUUCCCCUUCUGGGUCCUGAAGGACAUCAUCUACGGCGAGCUUCCGGACGCGAUGAACCAGGAGCUCACGGAGCUGAUCGACCUCCGCAACGAGAUUUGGUCGCACACCUUCAAGGGCGGAUGGUCGAUGUUCUCCUUCAACAAACUCUUCUACCCGACGCUACGCCGGCAGCUGCACGAGUUUGAACACCGCUGGGAGGCCUUCAACGACGAGGUGUAUGCGCACAUCCUCGCGCAGGGCACCACCUCCCUCCCCAUCGUCGCGCUGCACCGCGCCAUCAACGAGGGCCGCGUCAAGCGCAGCGAGGUCCUGCACUCCAUCAGUGAGGGCCUGUUCACCAACGUCGACGUGACCAUGGGGACCUUCGCCUGGCUGGCCCUCCUGCUCGCCUUGCACCCGGAAAUCCAGACCGAGCUGCGCGAGGAGAUCACCCAAGUCCGGGCACAGGGGACCCCCGAGGCCUGGGAGCAGUAUGUCGCGAGCCACACGACGCUCCUCGCCGGUUGCGUCAUGGAGAACGGGCGCCUGCGCCCCAUUGCCAACUACACGUACCCGCAGUACCUCCCCGAAGACCGAGCGGUGGCUGGCUAUGUCGUUCCCCGGGGCACGUACUUCAUCGUCGACACCAACGCGCUCAACCGGCGCGAUCCUGCGUGGGGCGCCGACGGCGAUGAGUUCCGCCCGCACCGCUACAUGGAGGCGUCGGUGACCGAGUAUCGGUAUCGGCUGUGGCGGUUUGGGUUUGGGCCCCGGCAGUGUCUGGCGCAGGCCCUGGCGGAUACGAUGAUGAAGUGUCUGGUUGUCCAUUUGAUUGAGAGGUAUAGGAUCUCGGUCCCGGAAGCGUUGGCCGGAGGGAAAGAGGACUGGAAGACACGCAGGCCGGAUACGUGGUUUUCAAUGGCGCAGAACCCGGUUGUUUGCGAGAGGAUUUGA